AUGGUGGAAGAGCUGGAUUCUGAAAAUAAUUUUGCUGGAUGCUUCGCCAGGUUUAAAGUAAAUUUUGAUGUUACGGUUCCCCUAUUGAGAGGGAUCACGAUAGCUUUUGAGGGCAAGCAGCUGUGGGUUCCUCUUAAAUAUGAAAACUUGCCGAUCUUUUGCUAUCGAUGUGGAUUGAUGGGUCAUCAUAUCAGAGCUUGUGAUAAAGAACGGGAUGAAGAUGAAAAUGGGCGUCAUUUUGAAGACCUCCUCUAUGGUCCUAUCCUCAAAGCUUCACCUCUAAAGAGACUAAGAACACCUCGGCAGGCAACCUCUCCUCCCAGGAAGUUUAACCCACCGAAUGCCAAACAUCCAACUUCGAAUCUGCCCACCAAAACCCAAACCAUUAUCCUGUCACAUAACAAUGCACGUAAGCCCCGCCCACCACCUCUCUCUUUCAACCCAAUCAUUGAACCAAAACCCAAAUAUCCAUGUUUUACCCCUGAUGAUAGUAACCUCUCCCCCGCAAAAGAUAGCCAUAACCUAAAACUGAAAUCUUUUGAUAGUAUCUCCAAUACCAACCUGAAAACUACCACUGUCACACAAAAGUCAUCUCAACCCUCGGCCUCAUAUGAUACCACAAAUCCAAACAUUACCCCCAUAGCUGAUAUCAUGGAGUUUCUCAAAAUCCAACCCACCUCCACCUCCAUUCCUCCCAUCUCUACACCUACACCGAUGCCAAAUCCAGUAACCAUGCAAGCUCCCUUCAAUCCUGCAAAGAACCCAACUGAUCCUGUUACCAGACCAAACGCCCAAACACAACCUUUAACUCCUCUCUUACCUUAUACUGAGAUUCAACCCGCUGGGAAGCCUUCUAAGAAAUGGAAAAGAUGUGCCCGUAUUUCCACUUCUACUUCUACCAAUACAGCUCAGGUUCCAAAUCAUGACAAGAAGCGUCACUUGCGCGAGGAGGAAAGUGAUGUUACUAUUGUAAAACAAGAGGCCUUGACUUCUACUCAUAAACGAAGUCGUGGAGGAUCUACUGUUUUACCAACCCCAUCAACUGCAUCAUCGGCGGAGAUUGCAUCAGUGCAAUCCCGCCGGGCACAAUGA